AGGAAGAUGAGUUGUUAAAAUGAUUAGAAUGAAGACAUUCAUGUGCUUUUGGAUUAAUCCAAAGAUGUGGAUGAUUUAAUCUUCCCUGUCCUCAUUUCGAUACUCAGAAAAGAGAAAAUUUAAGAUUGUCUAGAAUUUCUCUCAUAAUCUAAUAAUCAAUGGCAAGACAAACAAGAAAUCUUUUUGGUAGAAAGCUAACUAGAAGUCAACUAGGAAACGGUUUUCUUUAUUGGAAAGAAUAGCAUCAAAAAUUUAAAGAACUUUCUGAAAAAAAUUAAGAAACAUGAUUUUAAUACAAGAAAUUACUCUAUUAGAGAAUAUGAAAAUAUUAAAGAAGAUUUAAUCCAUAAAAUAUUAUUGGAUAAAAAGAUUAUUGAACUACUAAUAUUUUUAGUGCAACUUACUGCCUUCGAUAGGAGAUACAUAUAGUGCGGAUCAAAUGCUCUUCAUUUAUUAGUUGAAAUGAGGGUUGACUUGAAGACGUAAUCCUUUCAGAAUAUUAAAAUAAGAAACACUUCACUGAUAAGAGCAAAUUUAGUGAGAUGCGAUUUAAGUGGAUCUGAAUUUGAAAAUGUCUGUAUUUUUGGAAUCAAUUUGAAUUAAGCCAAAUUAUUUAAUUGUAGGUGGAAAAAUUUAAGUAUAAAUGAGGAAAUUAAGUUAAAUGUUCAUUAAAGCUCUAUCAAUUCAGUUUGUUUUUCUCCAGAUGGUAAGUCAUUAGCUUCUUGCAGUAAUGAUAAAUCUAUUUGUUUAUGGAAUAUAUAAACAGGAAAAACUAUGUCUAUAUUCUUGGGGAAGAGUGAAGUAUAAUCUUUAUGUUUUUCACCAAAUGGAACUAUGUUAGCUUCAUGCAGUAGACAAUUUUUAUAUUUAUGGAGUCUGAAAAAUAGGAAGCAAAUAAUGUAAUUAAUUGAUCAUACUGCCUGUAUAUAUAAAAUUUGCUUUUCUCCUGAUGGAAUUACAUUAGCAUCUAGUAGUAUUGAAUAUAAUUCUAUCCUUUUAUGGGAUGUUAAGACAGGAUAAUAAAGAGCUAAAUUAGAUGGUCAUUCAAAUUCAGUUAAUUCAAUUUGUUACUCUCCUGAUGGUACUACAUUAGCAUCUGGCAGUGAUGAUAAGUCUAUCCGUUUAUGGGAUGUUAAGACAGGAAAAAUAAAAGCCAAAUUAGAAGGUCAUUCAUGUGCAGUUUUUUCAAUUUGUUACUCUCCUGAUGAUACUACAUUAGCAUCUGGUAGUGCAGAUAAGUCUAUCCGUUUAUGGGACGUUAAGACAGGAUAAUAAAAAGCCAAAUUAGAUGGUCAUAAGUCUUCUAUUUCUUCAGUCUGUUUUUCUCCUAAUGGUACUGCAUUAGCAUCUGGUAGUUAUGAUAACUCCAUCCGUUUAUGGGAUGUUAAGACAGCAUAUUAAAUAGCCAAAUUAGAUGUUCAUACUAAUAUUGUUCUGUCACUUUGUUUCUCUCCUGAUAGCAUUCUAUUAGCAGCUGGCGGUUCGGAUACGUAUAUCAGUUUAUGGAAUAUUAAGAAAAAGUCAAAUAUCGCAAAUUUAGAUGGUCAUAAUGGCAUUGUUCUAUCAAUAUGCUUCUCUCCUGAUAGUAACACAUUAGCAUCAUGUAGUUAUGACAAGUCUAUCUGUUAAUGGGAUUUUAAGACGGGAUAAUGCAAAGUAAAGUCAGAUGGUCAUACUAGCACAGUUCUAUCAGUCUGUUUUUCUCCUGACGGUACUACAUUAGCAUCUGGGAGUGUGGAUAAGUCUAUCCGUUUGUGGGAUGUUAAGACAGGAUAAUAAAAAGCAAAUUUAUAUGGUCAUACUCAUUCUGUUAAUUCAGUUUGUUUCUCUCCAGACGGCAAUUCAUUAGCCUCUGGUAGCGAAGAUACGUAUGUCUGUAUAUGGGAUGUUAAGACAAAAUCAUAAAAGGCCUUAUUAGCAGGUACUACCAAUGUUCGAUCUGUUUAUUUCUCUCCUGAUGGCACUACAUUAGCAUCUACUAGUUCAUUUGCCUCUAUCCAUCUAUGGAAUCUUAAAACAGGAUAAUAACAAGCCAUAUUAAAUGGUCAUACAAACUGGAUUAAUACUGUCUGUUUCUCUCCUGAUGGUGCUACAUUAGCAUCUGGAAGUGCAGAUAACUCUAUCUGUUUAUGGGAUGUUAAGAUAGGGUAAGAAAAAGUCAAAUUAAAUGGUCAUUCAAAUUGGGUUAAUACAGUCUGUUUUUCUCCUGAUGGUUCUACCUUAGCAUCUGGUAGUAUAGAUAAAUCUAUCCGUCUAUGGGAUGUUAAGACAGCAUAAUAAAUAGCCAUAUUAGAUGGUCAUUUCUGUUCUAUUUAUUCAGUCUGUUUCUCUCCUGAUGGUACUACAUUAGCAUCUGGUUGUGAUGAUUACUCCAUACGUUUUUGGGAUAUAAAAUCAGGACAAAACUUUCAUCGAGAUAGUGGUAUUUAUUUUUAGAGAAUCAUAGCUACAUCCUAUAUUACUAUUCUUCGAAUUUCCUAAAAUCAGAAUUUCGAUACUACAGGAGCCUUAAUAUUGAAAGGAGAGUUUAGAGAUUAUUAAGGAAAUGAUUUGCAACCAUUCCUUAAAUCAAAAGGCAGUAUAAUUUUAGAGAACUAAAUGGAAUAGAUACAAAAUUGA